AUGCGCUAUAUUGAUGAAACAUCUCAAGAUCAAACACAAUAUCAUUUAUCAUUUCUUAAACCAACAGCGACAUAUGACUUCAACACUAUUUCCAAACGACUUAAGACCACACACUAUACAUUGAGAAAAGCGUAUGUUAGCUUUAAUGGCGUUGUUGGUUUUGAUUCACAUACAAUUUUUGGCCAAACAGAUUUUGAACACAAUGCAACAACUGCUAAGGUUAUAGGUCAUUUCUAUGAAGUUGUUGUUACAGGAUAUUUAUGGGCAUCAUUUAAUUUCGUCCAUUCAAUUCAAGAUUUUUAUGCACCAUUAUUUUUAUUACCUGAAUCAAUAAGAAAAAGAGCUCAUAUCAUUGUUUUCUCGAUGCCUUUUCUAUCUGAUUCUCUUCUUGAUCUUCUCGGUUUUUCACCUGAUCGAAGAAUAUAUUUACCAGAAAAUACAGAUAGAUACAUUGCAGCUGAUGUUCUCCAUUGUUUUGUAAAUAAAACAUUUUAUAUAAGUCAAUGGGGACCAAAUUUAUAUAGAUUCAAACAGUUCUUGCAUCAAAAAUAUGAAUUAGAUAAAAUCCAAUCAACUGAUUAUUGCUUUUCGAACAGACCAAAAGGAAAAAGAAGACAUAUUCAUAACCUUGAUGAAGUAAUAAAUGCAACAAAAUCUAAAUUCCCAAAGAUUGAUUGGAAAUUUAUUCGUGAUGAUCAUAAGAAACUUAUUGACUGUGCAAAAGAUUUCAAGAAGAUUAAAUUUUUGUUUGCUCCUGUAGGAUCAAAUAUUUGUAAGUGUAUAUUUAUGGCAGAUAGAUCUCUUGUUAUUUGCGUAACUGCACAAUUCAUAGAAAGUUCUCUGGCAGGGUUCUCUGCGAGUUGUAAAAUAUUUGAAUUGCAAUAUGAUUCAAUUGCAGCUCACCAUUCUGGUGUUGGCUCACCAAUUGAUGUUGACGAUGCAUUGUUCCAUAUAGGAAAGUGUUUGAAAGUGUUAGAAACAGGAAGCUGGAAAGUAUAUUCAGAUGAAGAAAUUACAUAUUAUAAAGAUAAAGAAGCAAAAAUGAACAACACACAGAUUUUGGAUUUUGAAAAUCUAAAUGGAACAAAAUAUAUUGAUGAAUGA